CAGGAAAACAACUGCAAGAAGACUUAAAAAAUACGGAAAAAGAAAAAGGUGCUUUAACUACCAAAACUAAAGAACUGGAUAGCGAAUUAGAUGCUGUCAAAAACAAACUCCAAAAAGAGGAUAUCGGUCAGCAAAUUAAUCAGAAGAACCAAACAAUAACUGAUUUGCAGCACGAAGUUGACUUACUUCAAGCUGAAGUCAAUAAUUACCAAGAAAAAGCUAUUGAAGUAGCCGAAAGAUUAAAGAAAAACCGCACUUUGGUUAGUCCGGAAAAAGCUAGUCUAGAGGAAUUACGUAAAGAAUGUUCCGAAUUGCAAAAAGAACGUCAAAAUGCGGAAGCUUUAAAACAAGAAGCGGCUAAUUUAGGAAAAAUAUUGUGCAAUAAAAGAACUGAAAUCCUCAAGUUAGUUAAAAAACUAAAUAAGUUAGAAAAUGAUAUGACUAAUCUUGAACAAGAAUUAAGGGAGGAGAAAGAAAAAGUGCAACAACUAGAAAUUGCUCGUGAUAAUCUUUUGAUUGAAAAAGAAAAAGAGAUUGCUUUGCAAAAAACAGAAUUAGGAGAAAAACGCAUAGAAUUACAAGGAAAAGAAACGCAACUCAACGAAAAAGAUGGAAUAAUUGCAGAAAGAGACAAAAUUAUAGAAUGUGAAAAUACUGAAUUAAAAUUCAACAACGAUCAGCUAAAUGCAGAUAAUCACAGAUUAACUACCGAGUUACGCGAAAAAACUGAAGAACUUCGUAAUGCCAUUAGGGCAAAAAAGAAUAGUGGCAUCAAGAGUGGAUUUAAUGCGGCCAUUCUGGUUUGGUACGGGAUAAAAGCUAUUUGGUAUCGUAUUUUUGGUCGCAAGGAAAUCAAUAAGCUUCAAGAACUCCGGGAAGAACUCAAAGAAGUUCGGGGCAAACUUUUGCAAACUCAGUUAGCUGCCGUGAUUAAGGAAAAAGAAAGCAAACCUGCUUCCAAAAAUCUCCCGCAAUCACCUUCUAGCGAAUAA